AGACAGAGUACGCUCAAAUGUCAUAGUGUUACUUCUAUGCUUGUCAUUGUUCUGAGUAGGAACCAGAUUAUCUUUCAUUUCGCUGAAAUUAGAAAUAAAUUUUUAGUCUAUAAAUAAUAUAAAUUUAUAUUUCGACAAAGUACAAAAUUAAUAUAGUCCUGUUUGGUGAUAUGCAAGCAAAAAAACGCUACGUUCUUCUUUUUAUAUCUUGCGCAUUUUUAUUAUAUUUUUAUUAUGGGAGUCACCAUUUAAAAGCUGACAUAAUCCAAAAAGACGGUCAUGAUCUUCCUUCUUUUGCAACAUUGGAUGAAUUAACAGAAUUGCCUUCUAAGUUGAAACGGCAGCCUACUAUAAAAACAAUACCAUGCCGCAUGGAAACUUGUUUCGACUUUUCAAAAUGCGGAAACGAACCCAAGAUAUAUGUUUAUCCCAGUGAUGGGCCAGUUAGUGCGUCGUAUCGUAAACUAUUAUCGGUGGUGAGGGAAUCUCGCUUUGUCACAAGGGAUCCUAAUGAGGCUUGUUUGUUUAUCCCUGCAAUAGAUACUCUAGAUGCGGAUCCUUUGUCUCCUGAACAUGUAUCAGAUGUAGCCACACGCUUGUCUCGUUUACCUUACUGGAAAAAUGGGCGUAACCACCUCAUAUUUAAUUUAUAUGCAGGCACAUGGCCUGACUAUGCAGAAGGGGCUUUAGGAUUUGAUCCAGGAGAGGCUAUCCUGGCAAGAGCCAGCGCCUCGGAAACUAUAUUCAGGGAUGGGUUUGACAUAUCAUUGCCAUUAUUCCACAAGGAACAUCCAGAACGUGGAGGCUUGCCUCCAGCUGCCACAGGAAAUCCGUUUCCUGCUCCCAGGCGCCACUUACUUGCAUUCAAAGGAAAAAGAUAUGUACAUGGUAUUGGAAGUGAAACAAGGAAUUCCUUAUGGCAUUUACAUGAUGGUAACAAUCUCAUUUUGGUAACAACAUGUCGACAUGGAAAGUCCUGGAAGGAUUUACGAGAUGAACGCUGUGAUGAGGAUAACAGAGAAUAUGACAAGUACCAGAGCUUGUGCGCUCAGUGCCGCCUGAGCGUAUACUUGCACUGAGGCAACAGACACAGUUCUUA